UAACGAAUCCGAUUCAUUCAGAGUGAUGCAUGUUAAUGUUCAAUCCAUAUGCAACAAAAUAGUCAACUUGGAGUUGCUCCUUGCGGAAGAGCGUCCAUCAAUUGUUAGUAUUGUCGAGCAUUGGUGCAGCGCCGAAAAAUUAAGUUCCUACUGUAUAUAUGGUUAUGUACAAGCAGCGUCAUACUGCCGCCUCAAUUAUGGACAUGGUGGUACUGUUCUUCUUGUUAGAGCUGACCUAUUGGUUUGCACCACAUCUGCCCUUUCGAUGAACACUUUUUUCUUUUAUCCAGUCCUGAGAGAAGAGAUAAUUCAAAUUGUGAAGACUUUAAAAAACAAGAAAAGUACAGGAAUUGACCAGGUAUCUGUUGGCAUAUUGAAGGCGAUGGUUGAUGUUGUUGCCAAACCUUUGGCUGAUCUUAUAAACUUAUCUGUCAACACAGAUGUUUAACCUAUAUCAAGGAACAUGAACACUUAAUGGUAACAUUAUCCAGUUUUCAUGGUUACUCUACCAGAAAUAAUGCUACUUUGUACAUUCCAUCACAUACAACAGCCAAAUAUGAAACUUCCCCAGCAUAUCAGGCCAUAACAUUAUUCAAUCAUCUGCCUAAUACUGUUAAGUUGCUCAAUAAAAUAAAAUUUACAAAAACUAUCAAAUGUAUUUUACAUAACAAAUGUUAUUAUAGUGUUAAGGAGUAUCUGGAUGACAAGUGUGUUGUCACAGCUUAAUUAAGUUUUUUGUUUGUAGAAUUAGUUUCAGAAAUUUCAUUUUUCUUUUUUUCCAAUUGACUUAUCCUAUGCAUUUUGUAUGUCUUAAGGGAUCAAUAAAUAUAUUAUUAUUAUUAUUA